CGCGAUCACCGUCAGAGUAACUCGGCGGCACAUUUUUAAAUAUAAGUUUGUUUAUUUAUUCCUAUAUAUCAAUAUAUUUAUAAUUUUUAUGUGCAUAAGUUAACGCAAACAACGAGAUCGCGUGAGGCGCGUUCCAAAACUAUUUUUGCGAAUCAGCAAAGGAAUAAUAGAAAUUAAUUUUCUAAUUGAAAUUUUUUUAUUUUUAAUCAAUUUCAUUCGAUUGAGGUGUACAGGUGUGUGUAAGGUAUUACCAAUUUUUCAUAAUCUAGUGUGUUUGGAGUGCUGAAGUCGUACUGGGAGAAAAUUUACUGGGAGGAAGUAAAGUGCUUAUCAUGUCUCACAAGACGAAGCAAGGCUCGACACCAAUGCAUGGGGGUAACUUUGCGGAUGAUCUUGCUGAAAUAACGAGGAUUCUGGUGACGAAGUGAAUGAGAAAGGUGGUAGAGAAGAUUAAGAAGAGACCUACGAGAUCGGCGGAAAUGGGAAAUUCUAAUAGUGAUGUUGAUGUUGAGAUGAACGCCCUCUCAACUACUGUACCUGGUGAUCGACCGCACGUCACGAGAACGCCUAUGCGCCCGAUGAUAGCGGAGUACGACCCAAAGAUGCACGGGGUGAAAACAGAACUUUCAGACAUGGUUCUCGUCAAAUACAAGUGUGAGAAAAAUGAGGUUCCCAUUACGCUUACGAAUGGAUCAACCCUGCCACUUGUGGAAAGGCCCAAUGAUGAAGAGGCUGCUUUGUACGACCCCUUCGAGCACCGGAAACUGGCGCAUCCGACGUCAGAUUUGGACACUCUGGUUCAUCUGCUCAAAGGAAGUUUGGGAUCCGGGAUCCUUGCCAUGCCCAUGGCCUUCCUGAAUGCUGGUUUGUACUUCGGGCUCUUCGCGACCUUUUUCAUAGGCGCUGUCUGCACCUACUGCGUACACAUUCUGGUCAAAUGCGCCCACACACUCUGUAGGCGGACACAAACACCGAGUUUAGGGUUCGCUGACGUCGCUGAGGCGGCUUUUCUUGUUGGUCCCGAGCCAGUCCAGAAGUACGCCAGACUAGCCAAAGCAACUAUAAAUACGUUCUUGGUGAUCGAUUUACUUGGUUGCUGUUGCGUGUACAUAGUUUUCGUCGCUGAUAACGUGAAGCAGGUGGUUGAUCAUCACGCUCAUAGUGAUUGGGACGCAAGGAUUUACAUGGCGCUGCUUUUGCCAUUUCUGUUGGCGCUCUGCCUAGUAAGGAACCUCAAGUAUUUGGCUCCAUUCUCCAUGGUUGCAAACAUACUAGUCGCAGCUGGGCUUGGAAUCACCUACUACUACAUCUUCGAAAAUGUGGAGGACUUGAACUUGGAACCAAGGCCCAAAUUUGCUACUUUCUCCCAACUUCCACUCUUCUUCGGCACAGCCAUCUUCGCUUUGGAGGGUAUUGGUGUUGUAAUGCCCUUGGAGAACAACAUGAAGACUCCAACCCAUUUCAUUGGCUGCCCGGGAGUUCUCAACAUCGGUAUGUUCUUCGUAGUCCUCCUCUACUCUGUCACAGGUUUCUUUGGCUACUUAAAAUACGGAGAAGCGACCGAAGAGGCAAUCACUCUCAAUCUUCCAAAGGAUCAAAUUCUCGCCCAAUCCGUGAAGAUCAUGAUAGCCGUGGCUAUCUUCCUCACUUACGGUCUUCAAUUCUACGUUCCCAUGGAGAUCAUCUGGAAGAAUUUGAAACAAUACUUUGGUUCCAGGAAGCUCGCUGGAGAAUACCUUGUCCGUAUUGCCCUCGUCAUCAUGACAGUUGGUGUAGCGAUUCUUGUUCCCAAUCUGGGACCUCUGAUAUCACUAGUCGGGGCUGUGUGUCUUUCCACAAUGGGUCUGAUGUUCCCGUCAAUUAUCGAACUCGUCACUGUUUGGGAACAAGAGAACGGACUCGGAAAAUGGAACUGGAGGCUGUGGAAGAACAUCUUCAUAAUAUGUUUCGGUAUUCUAGGUUUCUUGACGGGAACCUACUGCAGUUUACUGGAGAUGGGAAACGAGAAAAAAUGAGCGAAGCCAUUUUUGGCUUCAGCACGACGCUUUCUUCUUCAGAAUGACGUCUGACGAGUCCACGCGUGCGUGGAACGUCAUCCUGUGGUGCGGUUGCAGAUAGAGCUGCGUCCUUCCCAGGACUUGAAAUCUAAAUGGCUGCUGAGCCCAUCACCAGAACGGGGUUCCAAACUCAACCCAGAUUGCUCUCUGCUCCCAGGAGCAGACGCACUUCGUACCAUGUUGGUACCCCUGACUGACCAACGACACGAAAUCAACACUCACCGUUUGACGAUGAGCAACUUCACCGCAAUGCCAUGAUGGCAGGAAACCGACUAAGGAUUUGUCUCAAUGGCUCCACAGAAAAAACAAAAGAUAAAAUGGAUUGCAGAUCAAUUUUGGAGCACUUACAAAUUUACCGUCCUUCGGCGAAGGUUUUGCCGAAUGUUUCGCCGAGGAUUGGAGAAUAAUUCUGACUUGAUCUACUACAUAGUCAGCUAUACCAACUAAAACAAUAGAGAACAAAUUCGAAGAGAACAUGAUAUCGGUAACAGAAAUCACAAAUAAAACUUCGUUCUUUGUGAA